CACCUAGAUUCAUAGGUUGUGUCACCUCAUCCCACAGGAAUGGCCAACCUGCUGACGGGUCCCAAGCGGAACCUGAUGGCCCUGGCCCGCACGUGGUGGAAUCAGUUCAGUGUGACAGCGCUGCAGCUUCUGCAGGCCAACCGUGCCGUGUGUGGCUUCCACCUGGGCUACCUGGAGGGUGAGGUGGAGCUGGUCAGCAGUGUGGUGGCCCGACUCCUGGCUCUGUACAACCAGGGCCACAUCAAACCCCACAUUGACUCGGUCUGGCCCUUCGAGAAGGUGGCUGAUGCCAUGAAGCAGAUGCACGAGAAGAAGAACGUGGGCAAGGUUCUCCUGGUUCCUGGGCCAGAGAAGGAGAACUAGAGCUAGGGGCUGUGGGACCCUCGAGACCGAGGGAGGGAGGAGUUGGGAAGCCGCGCUCUGCUGACCGCCAGACUUGUGCGUUCCAGCUGUUACAACGCUCUGUCCUCCCUCCCCCCAAGGUCUUGGGGUGGUGACCACCCCCUGCCUUCCCCCUUCCUGCCCUCGGAAGAGGUUGGGAAGUGACCACUUGGAUGUCGGCCCUACCAAGGGGACAGGGAGGGUCUGAGGAAGGCCGGCUGCUUCCUGUCCCCCCUUCUCUGGGCCUGCUGUGCUGCUUUUGUGCCAAGGUUAGCCAGUCCCUCCCUGUUGUGUUCUGUGUGCUCCCUCCUCUGCCUCAUCUUCCCUCCCGCCACUGUCCCACCGCCUCCCCAAAGAAUUGAAACGUCAGCUCAGGAUACGGGGCCAACUGUGAGUCCAGCAUGUACCCGUCUCUCCCUGGUGUCCUUUCAGCCCGGGCCGACCAGCGCCCACCUCUGGGCUUGACCCAGCCUUGACCUUGUCCUCUGUCCCCAACUUCUUAAGCACAAUUGGGCUUCUUCCACCUCCAGGUUUUCUGCCUAUCUUAACCAAGGCUGCCUCUUACCACAAGGGUGGGAAUCAGACCUCCUCCCCUAGUUGCCACUCUGGAGGGAUCAGCGCCCCUCCUUCACUGAGUUCUCUGGAUUUGUUCUCAGUGCCUUAGCAACGGAAACCUGUGCUUGUGCUUGUGCUUGUGCGUUUGUGAGGCAGGGGGAGGUGGGUUCCGCCUCCCGCCUCCUCCACCCCUGUGCUCCCCAGUGCCUUCCUUGUUCUGGUGGAGCUGGGGUUUCACUCUCCCCCAGUCCUAGAACACUGCCAAAUGUCUGUGUGUGCCAGUGGGUGGGGGCCCGCCUCGAGGCUCCUGGGGGCAGGGCAAAAGCAGGCAGCCGCACUGUGGUCUGUGCCAUGUCCUGUCUCCCAUGGCCGAGGAGACGGGAGGAGGGAAGCUUCCUCAGCCUCACUAUCUCCCCUGUGGCAUUUACUAGCUGGAGCUCUAGAGGCACCAUUGUCUGUUUCUUGUUCUGGGACCAAAGUGAAAAUCAAAGCACAUCCCCCUUGCAGUCAAGGGAGGCCCUGCUGCCUUCUCGGGGAGACAGCUCUUCACACUCAGCCCCAGACUUUGUUUACAUGGACAGGGGCCUAAAGAAGGGGAAUACGGGGGGGUGGUCAAAACUUGGGCCACUGGGACCAAAUGGGGACUUCCUGGGGGGGGGUCACUCCCCCAACUGGGAUUAGGGAGGGUCACCGGCCCAGCCAUUGCCAUGGGAAGUGGGGGACGGGCUCAGCCUCUUCACUGUCUACUUGAGGCCUCGACGCGGGAAGUGCGAUUUCUGCUUUUGUGGACCCCACCCCACCCGUUACCGCAGCUGCCUUUGUGUUUGUGUCAAUAAAAAGCCAAACCCCA